AUGCUUCUGCUCGGCUUUCAGAGACUGCCGGCAUCUGUACCCCAACUCUACGUUUCGCGACCGAACACUUGGCACUUGCCAUGGACUUCGUUUGAUUUAUCUCAUCUUCCAAUGCUCAGAGCCGUGCGGCUUCUCGUGUUAGUGCUGGCCGCAAAAGCAGAGUCGGAGUCGGCGGACGACCUACCUGACUUGUUCCUGAUCCAGGUCGCUGCACAAACCUACAAUGGAAGUGGACUGAAACACGCGCUUGCGACUGCCUUGCCGAAGGUGUCGAGCAGUGACCGUGAGCAUUCCCUGCUACAGUCUGCGCCUCAAAACCGAAAUGGUACUGCCAAGAAGGACAAAGAGAAAGAGAACGAUGGAAGCCAGAUUGUUCAAGAGCAGCUGGGGCUGAAAGCCAACAGCGAAUCAGACUCAGAGGCGUUGCGAGCUUCUUUUCUUUUCAAUAUCGGCUUGAUCUCUGCCUACUUGGUACUCUUCGUAGUGUUUCAGAGGUGGAAGCCGCUCGUAUAUCUGCACAACACAACCAUUCAGAAGGCACCUGAGCCCCACCCGUCAUGGUUCGGUGUCUGGUUAAGCUCAGAGGAGGUGGAAGAGUAUGCUGGGCUGGACAGUGCAUUGAUGAUCGAGUUCUGCAACCUUGGCAUGAAAAUCUGCAUUUAUCUGGGGAUCCCCCUCACCGUGGUCUGUCUCCCGGUCUUCUACGUCAUGGGCAAGCAUCCGGGUCCAAAUGCAGACAUCUGCACCAGUGCGGUGCAAUUUGUCCCUCGAAGCUCGCUGGACCUUUUUAGCAUCAGCUCCUUAAGGUGCAAUGGGCUAGCCAUGCGUUGGAUUUUGGCUGCUACCACUUGGAUAAUUGUCUGGGCUGUGCAGCGCCUUCUACGUCAGGCGCAAAAGAAGUUCGUGGAGCGACGUGUUGCAUGGCUGCAGCAGCGCCCCAAGCCACAGUCUUCUACACUUUUGGUCACCAAUAUUCCUCCAAGUUAUAGGUCUGAUGCCAAGCUGAAAGAAUACUUCGACUAUCUCUUCCCUGGUGGGAUAGUUGAGCGAGUGUAUAUCGUCAAGAAGCUCUCCAGCUUGGCGGCCCUGCUCGAUGAGUUCUCGAUUGCCGAACAGCGACUCCAUGAAUCGCAGUACCUUUGGUUCCUGGCGAACAAGGACCCCGACAAGCGACCAACAAUCAAAGUUCUUCAAGAUGCAGAGGCUGUGGACAGCAUCGAUCACUACACAAAGCUUGUAGAGCACCUGCAGCGCCACAUCGAAGGUGAGAGGGACCAGAUACGUCAAGCAGACAGCUUCGAUGAGGCAGAGUACAGCGGUGCAGCUGCAUUCGUGACGUUCAAGGCUUCCCGUGAUGCGGAGAUGGCUCUACGGCUACGGUUGGAACCAGAAGGCCAUCUCUUCACCAUGGAGUAUCCGCCGGUUCCGAAAGAUGUCUCAUACGAAGAUCUUCUCCGAAGCCCGUUCCAGAGGCAGAUGCUAUACCUACUCGGGUAUGUCCUUAUCUUCAUGGUGUUUCUUUUCUUCUUUCCGCUGAUUGGCGCAGCCUCCUCGAUUGUCAACUUGGAGAACCUGGAGCGGAUUGAUUUCGUACAUCGUAUGAUCACGAGUUCGACCUGGGUGCAAUCUGUCAUGGAGGGAAUCUUUGCAACCUUGUUGCUCUCAGUCUUUAUGGCCUUCCUGCCAAGCACACUGCAUGUAAUCAUUGCCAGCACCUUCACCCUCAAUUCCAAAGUGCAGAGCCAGCUUUUCCUGCAGCAGUGGUACUUCUGGUUCCAGGUCAUCUUUGUUCUCCUGGUUACAGCAAUAGGAACCUCAUUGUGGCAACGUUUCGCAGAUGUCUUGACGUCCCCGACCUCCGUGGUGCUGGAUUUGGCUGGGAGCUUGCCGAACACUUCCACCUUUUACAUGAGCUAUAUCAUCCUUCAGUGGUCGGUGUCGGUCCUGAACAUCCUUCGCUAUCAGAACUUGCUGAAAUUCUUCGCUUGGACAGCCGUUAGCGAGGAAGCACGCGCCAAGGAGCUCUCAGAGCCGGAGGAUCCAGAUUACUAUGGCAUCGGCUCUCGAAGUGCGCGUUUGAACGUGGUGCUGGCUAUUGCACUGGUCUUUAGCCUCAUGGCACCCAUGGCCCUGUGGUGCGGCUUCGUAUACUUCCUCAUCAACCGCUUCGUCUUUAGCUACCUGGUUGUCUUUGCGGAGACGACGAAACCGGAUCUGGGAGGCUACUUUUGGGCCCAGCAGCUGCGGCACGUCCAAUUCACACUGCCGAUCUUCGUAGUCGUGAUGAGUGGAUGUCUCUGGACGAAGCCUUACGGAGGACCUGGCAUGCUUGCACUGCUGAGUCUCGUGGUCUGGGGAUUCGAAUAUUCAAGAUGGGCGGACAUCUUGUGGGAGACCCUGUCCUUCAGAGCAGUGGUCGAGGGAUCCGAGAAGGGCUCCCGUACAUCAGACGAGGCUGAAGUCGGCAACUCCACACAGCAGGUUCUUGCCUCCAGGGCUAAUGUCAGCGAAUCUGUCUCGGAUCCUGGCAGAGAUAGCGAGAAGAGCGCGACCCAGAUCACUGUGCGCUCAGGGCAGCAGUCAAUUGUGAUCCAAGUUCGCGAUGGGAGCGAGGAGGUCAGGUUGCCUCCCAGGGCUGAAGACAAGGAGUUGGCCCUAAACAACACCUCUGCGGCACCGGUGCUGCCAGAAGUGGAGACAGCGAAGGCGGUCCCUGAACUGCCAGAGCCGUCGGCAUUGCCGCAGGACACCAGCCUCAGCCUCAGCCCUGAAGCGCCCGGGCCUUCGCUUCGAGGUGUUCAGGGAAUCCAGGGUGCACCUGAGAGAUCCUUGCCCGAAGAGGAGGCUGCCACGACAACGAAAGGUUAUUCGGCCUACGCCAAUCUUGCCUUCCGCACGCGCUGA